AAACUCAAAAUAUUUACAAAUAGCUGUUUUAUUUGCAAUACUAUGUUUUUAGCAGCUGUACAAAUUUUCAGUUGAACACUCAUUAUGUGUUUCAAACUUAUUUCUGAAUAAAUGUUUUCAUUCGUGAUCAGAAAUCGGAAGAAGCUGUUGAACAUAAUUGACCAAAAAAUUGUAAAAAGUGAUAAAAGUCGAGAUGCGAUGAUUUACAGUUUGGAGGAAACAAAAGCAACUUUACACGGGUUUACACGUUUACUAGUGUGCUUUCUAUCACCAUCAUUCUUAUCCGUUCCGAAAUAACAAAAAAUAUUGUAACAAAAGUGAAAAUUUUUAGCCCUGAUUGUGUAGCUAGUUUAUUGUUUCAUUAUUCAUAAUAAAUCUAUGCAUAGAGGAAUGGCUGGAUUGGAAGAGUAUGAAAGGUAUCUGGAAGAUGAUGAAGAUCAGUUAGAUAAUUUGUCGAGGUUCCAUCCAACAUUACAAUCACCCGUUGAAACAGCACAUUAUCAAUUUAUAAAUUCUGAACACGACCUGACGCUCCCAUUACAAAAGCAUAAAAAUGCUCAACCAAUUUAUGAAAGCCCAGAGGAUGACAUUUCACUUAAAAAGUACCUUGGUGCUAGUGUGAAUCUGAUCAGUUUAAUUACCGAGAACCUGCUCUGCCAUCCAUUCUUAGUUCUUCGGCGGCAAUGUCAAGUGCAUCACAAUUCAUUGAAGUAUCACAUAGUACCGCUGACGUUGGUGCCGGUAAUCGUACAUCUGCACCAACGGCAAGGUGUCACAACCUUGUGGAAGGGUAUUGGAAGUAUCCUGUUAGUCCGUGGAAUGACAUUGGCAGUUGAAGAUGUGAUUUCUAAGUUUACGCUGUGGCCAAAGGAAGUUACUUAUAAAACUACGCUUAAGCAGUUUGGACAACAUUUGUUGCUAAAAUGUAUAAGUUUAGCUAGUAUUGUGCCCUUCUAUUCCGCUUCUCUGGUGGAAACCGUUCAAAGUGACAUUGCUAGUGAAAAACCUGGAAUUUUUGAUGUUUUUCGAGAGGGUGCCAGUCGAUUACUAUCCUGGAGCGUGCCACAAAAGGGUCGCAUGUUACCGAUAUGGGCUCUAGUUGGCCCAAGUAUUUCAUUAGGAAUAUCUAAAUAUGUUUGCCAAUUGUUCGUGCGAGGCAUAUCCACACACAUCAUGUGUCGCCGAGUUAUCUUUUUUGAUAAGAAACGAGGUGCGCGACAUCGAGAUUUUGCAGAUCAAAGUCAGGUUAUUGAGGUGUAUUCUACAAUGAUUUCACUAAUGACUACGGAGAUUAUUUUCUACCCAUUUGAGACUAUUUUGCAUCGAAUUCAAUUGCAAGGAACUCGCACAAUCAUCGACAAUUUGGAUUCCGGAUACUCUGUUGUUCCAAUCCUUACAAGCUAUGAAGGUGUUGUGGAUUGUUACCGUCAAACGGUUACUACCGAAGGCGUUUGUGGAUUGUACAAAGGCUUCGGUGCGAUGCUACUUCAAUUUGCUGCUCACGUUGCUGUGAUUAAACUUGGAAAGUGGAUAAUCACACAGAUAUCUGAAGUAAUGUCCAACAAACCCCCACCAAAAGUGGCAGAGUUCUACAAUUUGGAUGUUAAAAAUUCCGGCGGUUCUGUUAGUGUGUCAAGAAGCAUUAGUGGAAUAAGUUCUUUAAGUGACGAGUUAUCCUAGUUUUUAGGUUCUAUUCUAUUCGAGGGACUUUAGCCGAAAUUUAGAAUUUAACUCAAGUCAAAUACAAUUACGCGUUUUUAUUUUCAUAAAAAUCA